ACACACUUAUUGCAGCUGAUCUUCCCCAGAGCUCAGCCAUGUCAACUUCCAGGUUAAUCAUCCUCGUAGUAAUUAUACUCUUCUUUAAUGCAACAUUUCUUGAAGCACAGAGUGGGCAUCUUCCUCUAGAUGAAUUGAACGCACUUAAGGAAAUAGCUGAAGAAAUGGAGAAGAAGGAUUGGGAUUUUACACUAAAUCCUUGUGACAACAACUCUAACUGGAUGACACCACAUAGGAAAGAUAUGCCUCUGUACAAUAAUUCCCUCACUUGCGAUUGUAGAUUCCCUGCUGGUAUUUGCCAUGUGCAAAGCAUAGUUUUAAUGGGACAAGAUCUGCAAGGUGUCCUUCCUCCUUCCUUGGUGAAGUUACCCUUUCUCAAGACAAUUGAUCUCACCCGCAACUAUUUAAGUGGUACAAUUCCCCCUGAAUGGGCUUCUACCAAAUUGGAAUAUAUCUCUGUUAGUGUGAAUCGAUUGUCGGGGCCAAUUCCAAAAUACUUGGGAAAUAUAACCACUCUUGUAUUUUUAUACUUUGAGAACAAUAUGUUCAAUGGAAGUGUUCCACCAGAGCUUGGGAAACUUACAAACUUACAGCAUCUCGUUCUUAAUGCUAAUUAUCUCACAGGUGAAUUGCCAAAAGAACUUAAUGCUCUCACAAAUUUGAUAAAGCUCUAUGUUGAUGCGAAUCGAUUGUCUGGGCCGAUUCCAAAAUACUUGGGAAAUAUAACAACUCUUGUACUAUUAAGCUUGGAGAACAAUAUGUUCAAUGGAACUGUUCCACCAGAGCUUGGGAAUCUAGCCAACUUAAAGUAUCUCUAUCUUAGUGGUAAUACUCUCACAGGUGAACUGCCAAAAGAACUUAAUGCUCUCACAAAUUUGACUGCGCUUAGCCUCAGCAAUAAUAACUUCGCUGGGAAAUUGCCUAGCUUUCAACAUUUGAAAAGCCUUCUUUCGCUAGAAGCAUAUAUGAUUGGCAGAGAUCUUGAAGCAAGCGGUUUUGAAGGACCCAUACCUGAAAAUAACUUUGUACCGACAGGCUUGGUUGUACUUAGAAUCAGUGACCUAAAUGGAGGUGUCUCGAGUUUUCCAACAUUAAAUGAGAUGACAAACAUGACAGUGUUGAUGUUGAGUAGGUGUAACAUUUCUGGGAAUUUACCUGAUUUACAUCAUAUGACAAAAUUGGGACUGAUGUCAGUAACUACAUUUCUGAACUACUUUUUUUGCAGAGAUUUGAGCUUUAAUAAUCUCGAAGGAGGGAUUAGUGGUCUUCAGGGUCUCCAAGGUCUUCAAGGGCUUCAAGGGCUUAAAGAGCUUGAGCUUGAGCUUGAUGAGAAAAUGCAGUACUUGUUUCUAACGAACAAUUCCCUUAGUGGGAAAAUUCCUGAAUGGGUUCUAAAUCUAAAAUUCAGUUACAUAGAUCUUUCUUACAAUAAUUUUGAGGAGAGUUCCAUGUCGCCAAUUUGCAAUCGGAAAAACCUAAACUUGUUCAAAAGCAAUAACGGGGGCGGAGAUAAUGUAGGAAUUGGGAAGUGUCUAAAGAAUUGCUCUAAAGACUGGUAUUCAUUUCACAUCAAUUGUGGUGGAGGAGAUGUUUCGAUUGGUAACACUACAUAUGAGGCAGAUAAAGAUUCUGUUGGCCCUGCCAAAUAUGUUUCCAACAGAGAGAACUGGGUAGCUAGUAAUACAGGGUACUUUUCGUCUUGGGGUAUGGAUUCAACAGCGAAUGACUAUACCGCAACAAAUAUAUCUGUCAUCAAUGUAAAAGACUCUGAAAUCUACAAGACUGCUCGUUUGUCACCAUUAUCUCUAACAUAUUACGGGCGUUGUUUGGCAAAUGGAAACUAUACUGUGAAACUUCACUUUGCAGAGAUAGUUAUUAGAGAUAAUAGAUCGUUUCAAAGUUUAGGAAGACGCAUAUUUGACGUUUAUAUACAGGGUGAAAUGAAAUUAAAGGAUUUUGAAAUCAAAACUGAAGCAAAAGGUGUUGAUAAAGCCUUGGUUAAAGAAUUUCAAACAAUUGUCAUAGAUAAAACUCUAGAGGUGCGCUUUGUAUAUGCUGGGAAAGGAUCACCAGUAACAACUCCAAGUAGAGGAACAUAUGGACCUUUAAUAUCUGCCAUUUCUGUGGAAUUUGCCAAUUCUGUAGAUUUCAAGCCUCUCAAACAGCGAAUUCGAAAGACUUCAAUCAUAGUUGGUUCAGUAACUUUUUCUUUGUUUCUUACUUCCACAAUUCUCUGUUUUGCUUGGUGGAAGAUCUACAUAAGAAACAAGACCUCACUGGGAAGAGAACUACGAGGUCUUGAUUUACGAACAGGUCUAUUUACCUUCACACAAAUUAAAGCCGCUACAAACAACUUUAAUGCUGCAAAUAAGAUUGGGGAAGGUGGCUUUGGGGCUGUCUACAAGGGUACAUUGUUGGAUGGUACAAUUAUUGCUGUGAAACAACUCUCAUCCAAAUCAAGUCAAGGAAAUCGUGAAUUUUUGAAUGAAAUAGGCAUGAUUUCUUGUUUGCAACAUCCUAAUCUUGUGAAACUCUAUGGGUGUUGUGUUGAGGGAAAGCAAUUGUUGCUGGUGUAUGAGUACUUGGAAAACAACAGCCUUGCUCAUGCUCUUUUCGGUUCAGAAGAGUGUCAACCGAAAAUAGAUUGGCCUUCUAGACAAAGAAUUUGUCUUGGUAUUGCAAAAGGUUUAGUUUUUCUGCAUGAAGAAUCAGCAAUAAAAAUUGUUCAUAGAGACAUAAAAGCCACCAAUGUGCUUCUUGACAAAGAACUCAAUCCGAAGAUUUCUGACUUUGGCCUAGCUAAACUCAAUGAUGAUGCGAAUACACAUAUUAGCACAAGAGUUGCCGGGACAAUAGGAUACAUGGCUCCUGAAUAUGCAAUGUGGGGCUACUUAACAUACAAAGCAGAUGUCUAUAGUUUCGGUGUAGUGGCACUAGAAAUUGUUGCAGGGAAGAGCAACAUGAAGUAUCGUCCUGAUGAGAACUUUAUUUGCAUCCUUGAUUGGGCCCUUGAUCUUCAAAAAAAGGGGAACCUAAUGGAGCUAAUAGAUCCAAGAUUGGGUUCUGAUUUUGAUAAAGAAGAGGCACUCAGAAUGAUCAAAGUGGCUUUGGUUUGUACUAAUCCUUCACCCGCCCUAAGGCCAUCAAUGUCUGCAGUAGUGAGCAUGCUUGAAAGCCAUGAUGAUAUUCUUGAGUACAAAUCCGAUCUACAUGAAUUUAACUUUGAAGCAAUGAGAGAUCAUUAUGAUGAAAUGCUAGUCAAUGCAAGUGUUUCUCCCGACAACUCAGAGUGCACACAUCUAAAUGAGGAACUACAGUAGUCCGUGGUGUUAGAAAAUAUUGGUUAAUGGUGUAAGAAAACACAAGAAAAAAAUCAAGAAUCAAUAAUUUUAAGCGUGUAUCAAAUACAGUUUUGAUAAAAAUCGCUUUGUAUGAGCAAUUUGGAUCUUAGUAAAACUUUAGAGAUACAAGAAGUUUAUAAAUUAAUAUAACACCUCUGGUCAUGUCCACAUA